AUGUCAAAGAAGGGUGCUGGCAGUCGAGCUAAGGGAGACAAGCCUGAUGCCUUAGCUGCUUUGCAAGCUGCCAAUGAAGAGCUCAGGGCCAAACUGACCGACAUUCAAAUCGAGCUUCAACAAGAAAAGAGUAAGGUUAGCAAGUUGGAACGAGAGAAAAAUCAAGAGGUUAAACUGAUCAAAGAGCAAGAGCAGCACAAACACACUGUGCUAGUGACUGAACUCAAAGCCAAGCUACACGAAGAGAAAAUGAAGGAGCUGCAGACUGUGCGAGAGACUCUGCUGAGGCAACAUGAAGGGGAACUUCUCAGAGUCAUCAAAAUUAAAGAUACUGAGAACCAGAGACUUCAAGCACUUGUUAACGCCUUGCGAGAUGGAGCUGCCGACAAAGUUAAAACAAUGCUUUAUAAUGAAGCUAAAGAAGAGGCUAAGAAGGUGUUUGAGUUUGAGAAAAUCAAACUGCAACAAGAGAUCUCAGAACUAAAGGGAGCUAAGAAACAAGUGGAAGAAGCUUUAAGUCAGGCCAUUCAUGCUGAUAAGUUGAAGGCUGCAGAAAUAAGAAGUGUGUACCAUCUGCACCAAGAGGAGAUCUCCAGGAUAAAGAAAGACUGCGAAAGAGAGAUUCGUAGGCUGAUGGAUGAGAUAAAAUUAAAAGACAGAGCAGUCUACGUGCUGGAAAAAGAGCUGGGGGCUCAGGCUGGGCAUGCUCAGAGACUCCAGCUCCAAAAAGAGGCUUUAGAUGAACAGCUUACCCAGGUCAAAGAGGCUGAAGCAUGGGAAAAACGACAUCUGAGUAGCCCGAAAAGGGAACUUCCUUGCGCAAGUGGUGCAGGAGACGCCUCAGAUCAUUCAGGAAGCCCUGAACAGCAGUUGGAUGAAAAGGAUACUCGGCGAUUCCAACUUAAAAUUGCUGAAUUAAGUGCAAUCAUCAGGAAACUAGAAGAUCGGAAUGCUUUGCUGUCUGAAGAAAGAAAUGAACUUCUCAAGCGUUUACGUGAAGCAGAAAGUCAGUACAAGCCUCUCUUGGACAAAAAGAAACGCCUCAGUAGGAAGAAUGAAGAAAUGAGCCAUGCCUUACGACGUAUGGAAAAUAAGCUCAAAUUCCUCACACAAGAAAACAUAAGAAUGAAAGAGAGGGUGGGAACCAUGCGCCGACCGAGCUCCCUGAAUGACCUGGACCAGAGUCACGAAGAGAAAGAAAUUGAAUUUCUUCGGAUGCAAGUUAUUGAACAGCAAAACGUCAUUGAUGAUCUCAGCAAAGCAUUGGAGACAGCUGGCUAUGUCAAGAGUGUCAUAGAUCGGGAUAAGCUUCUGCAUUACAGAAAACAAAAGAAGAAAGUUACAAAGGCGAGCAAGAAGCCAGUCGUGGAGACAUUUUUUGGGUAUGAUGAAGAAGCAUCACUUGAUUCUGAUGGUUCAUCCAUUUCAUACCAAACAGACAAGACAGAUCGAACCCCUUGUACACCAGAGGAUGAUCUUGAUGAGGGAAUGGCAAAAGAAGAGACAGAACUUCGCUUUCGUCAACUGACUAUGGAGUAUCAGGCUUUGCAGAGAGCGUAUGCUUUGCUGCAGGAACAAGUCGGUGGAACGUUAGAUGCUGAAAGGGAAGUCAAGACUCGUGAACAACUGCAGGCAGAAAACCACCGAUAUCAAACUAAAAUUGAAGACUUGGAGAAAGCUCUUGCACAACAAGGGCAGGAUAUGAAAUGGAUCGAGGAGAAGCAAGCACUUUGUCGUUGGAACCAAGAACUACUAGAAAAGAUUCGGCAAAUGGAGACUGAAGAAAAUCGCCUUCGGCAUGAGGUACAGGAUGCGAAAGACCAAAAUGAGCUUUUAGAGUUUCGCAUUCUGGAACUUGAAGAACGAGAACGGCGCUCACCUGCCAUCAACUUUCAUCACAUCCCAUUUCCAGAGGAGACAAGUCCUCUUCAGGUGUACUGUGAGGCAGAAGGUGUAACAGACAUUACAAUAGCAGAUCUUAUGAAAAAGCUGGAUAUUUUAGGAGAUAACGCCGUAAGUAAUUUGACCAAUGAGGAACAAGUGGUUGUGAUUCAGGCCCGAACAGUUUUGACAUUGGCAGAAAAGUGGCUACAACAAAUUGAGGUGACAGAAUCUGCUCUCCAGCAAAAGAUGAAUGACAUUGAAAAUGAAAAGGAGCUUUUCAGUAAACAGAAGGGCUACUUGGAUGAAGAACUGGACUACAGAAAACAGGCCAUGGACCAGGCUCAUAAGCGGAUUCUGGAGCUGGAAGCCAUGUUAUAUGAUGCCUUGCAGCAAGAAGCAGGGGCAAAAAUGACGGAGCUUUUGUCUGAAGACGAACAGGAGAAGCUGAAAGGAGCAGUGGAGCAAUGGAAACGGCAGGUCAUGAGUGAGCUCCGAGAGCGUGACGCACAAAUACUGAGGGAGCGGAUGGAACUUGUCCACCAUGCCCAACAGAGAAUCAAAGAACUAGAAGAAAAAAUUGAAGUACAGAAAAGACAAGUUAAAGAGCUAGAAGAAAAGUUUUUGUUUUUGUUUUUAUUUUUUUCUUUAGCUUUCAUUCUUUGGUCGUAA